UCACACAACACACAUCAGUCUCUUUAAAUAAAGAAGACUGUGAACUUAGUGUUCAUUUUGUCACUGAAUUGAUUACAUCAAAAUGAUUUCUUUACAUCACAACAUUUGGUUAUUAAUUAUUUGCUGUGCUUUCAGCUUUGGAGUUGAAAUAGAGCAAUUGCCAUCGCCUCGAAGUUUGUGUGGAGAAGGGCCACAUUGGGAUCAAGCAACUCAAAGUUUGUAUUAUAUUGACAUUGAAGGACCCGAAGCAACUAUUUUGCGUUACGAUUAUGGCGAGAAUAAAACAUAUGCGGCAACAGUAGAAAAUGUUCCAUUGAUGACAUUUGUUUUACCGAUUGAAAAUAGCACCGAUGAAUUUUUGGUUGGUGGACAGUAUGCAGCCAAAGUCAUUCGCUGGGAUGGCAAAUCAGCCAAGGGUGAAUUCGUUCGAGAUGCCUUCGAAGUAGAUAAGAUUGAUACCAAUCGAUUUAAUGAUGCCAAAUGCGAUGCGGCUGGUAGAUUUUAUGGCGGUACUAUGCGUUAUAGAGAGUGUAACGGACCAUUUACUGACGUUGCAAAUGCAUCUUUUUACACUUUCGAUCGCGACCAUGGUCUAAAACAAUCAAAACAAAACGUUUUCAUUUCAAACGGUCUGACGUGGGUAGGCGAUAAAUUUUACUACAUCGACUCAUGUACACACGAUAUCAAGGAAUACGAUUAUAAUAGCGUGAAUGGUGAAUUAUCAAAUGAGCGUAUCAUAUUCACGCUUAGAGAGAACGGAAAAGUACCAGAGUAUAUAUUUGAUGGUAUGACUAGCGAUGUUGACGGAAAUUUAUUUAUAGCCACCUAUGAUGGUUACAAAGUAAUGAAAAUCAAUCCAAAAAGUGGCGAGCUGUUGGCUGAAUAUAAACUUCCUGCUGGUCAGAUAACCUCGGUUGCUUUUGGAGGACCGAAUUUGGACAUUCUCUUUGUUACCUCCGCCAGCAAGGGCUCUCCACCAGCAGAAGCCGGCCAUUUAUUCAAAAUUACUGGCCUUGAAACUAAGGGCAAGGCCGGAAAUAAAAUCAAAUUAUAAUUGAUAUUUCAUCAUUUUUGGAUUUUAUACGUCCUGAUAAAAUAGAUACGCUUUGAAUAA